CUUACAUAUAUUUAAUGGCAAUAUAAAACAACAUUUUGGUCAUUAAUCAUUAUACACUCUUCAUUCGCUUAAACCACAGCCACGAGAUAAUCCUAUUCUGGUAAUGCUUGGAGUAUUCUGCGCACGUCCCAGGCCGCUUCCCUGUUUGUUUUUAUCCGCCCUUUCUUCCUGUGCCGUCGCUCCUUUCCACCGCCUGCUUAGGCCGUCACCAGAUGCUGGAGAUCUUACCGUCCCUCUUUCCCUCUCCGGGCGCUGUGGCCCUGCCGCCUCCGUCUGGCACACAAUCCUCCCUUCCUACUGGCGCCCAUGUCAGUCAGCGGUGCUGAGCCGCCACGACCACUGCGCGGUGGGAGAGGGCUCGUGGAACGUGACGUGGGACGCGCGGCCGGCGCGGUGGCUCCACCACCCAGACUCCGCUUGGCUUUUAUUUGGCGUCUGUUCUACCCUAGCUGCCGCCAGCGUGCCGCCGUUGGCUAAUUCUGAUCCGGAUUCGAAUUUGGAACCUGCGGAUCUAUCUACGAGGGAUGAAUCUUGUAAUUAUAGGGUCGUAGGUGUGGAAGCGGAUGGGAGGUGUUUGUUCAGAGCAAUUGCACAUAUGGCGUGUUUGCGAAAUGGGGAAAAAGCCCCCGAUGAGAUUAGACAGAAAGAGCUUGCUGAUGAAUUGAGAGCUCAAGUGGUAGAUGAGCUGUUAAUGAGGAGAAAAGAUGUAGAAUGGUGUUUUAUAGAGGAAGAAUUUGAUUUAUAUGUGAAAAGGAUUCGAGAGCCUUGUACUUGGGGUGGAGAACCCGAGUUGCUUAUGUGUUCACAUGUUCUCAAGACGCCAAUUUGUGUCUUUAUGAAAGGGAGAAGCUCAUCAAGCUUAACAAAGAUAGCAAAUUAUGGCGAAGAGUAUAGAAGAGAUGGGGAGAAGUCCAUCGAUGUUCUGUUUCAUGGUUAUGGUCAUUAUGACAUCCUAGAAGCUGUAUCUGAUUUUAGACUUGAAGGAGACAUUAAUCUCUUGCAAUAAGAUAUUAUUUAGUUUUUUUAUUAUUAUUUUAAAAAUAAAAUCUUUUGAAAUAUGAAUGAAGUUAAAUUUUGUAUAUCUCAUUAAAAUAUAACAUGUGGAAUCUUGUUACUUUUUAGUUGACUGCGUAAUAACGAAGGAAAUUUUUGUCUAUGCAGGAAUCUAUUUAUUCUUUCAGAUAUCUAGUUAGGAUUUACUAGCUUGAACUAUAUAAA